GUAAAAAUGAAUAGUAAAAAGCCUGGCCUUUUGGCAUUAUUACCAAAACCGAAGGGAGUAGCACAAACUAAAGCACCAGAACUCCCGUCAAUUUCUGCAUUACCAAAACUUGGACCGUCACAAACUUUGGAGAAAACACAACAAAUUGAAGAAACAACGAAGACUGUUGAAUUCAAAAAAAUAAAAGAAAAACCAGUUGGCACUUCUUUGUUAGGAAUAGUUGACUAUAGCUCAGAUUCUAAUGAAGAUGAUGAAAAUGAGGGAAUUGAAAAAGAAAAAAUUGAAAUUGAUGAACCGAUUGAUUUUUUUGGUUUAAAAAAUUCAUCAGAACCUGCUUCAAAGAAAAUUCGUCUAGAAGGUGAAGAUUAUGAUGUUCUAAAUGAGCCACAAAUUUUUUUCGAAGAGGUUGCGCCAGGACCUUCCAGACUUUUGAACGAUAAUUUAUCAAAUGAUACAUCUAUUUCUUGCUCAUCGGAUGAAAAGACACCAAGUGUUCUACGUUCAAUUACAGAUCAGGAGGCAAGUCGUUUGAUUUUUGAACGUGAACUUGUUCCAAAUGGAGUGUAUAAUUCGGCAAUAGCAGAUGAAGCUAUUAGCGGAAUGAUUGAUGUAAGUGUAGAUGCAGCAUUAGGCCCAAAUAUUAGAGAGAAUUUACUACAGAAUUUAAAUACAAAACAAAUGGCCCAAAUAGCUUGUGGCCCAUUACCUAAAUUACCACAAGGAAGUGACAAAACUGCUAAAACAAUGCCAGAGAGAUUAGCUAAACGAAAACAUCAAAUUACUCAUUUGGCUCAAGUGGCAAUCUCCCGCGAGGAGCAACUCCAAGAAAAAUGGGCGGAAGGUAGACAACAAAAGAAAAUGAGCCGACAAAAAUAUGGAUUUUAA